AUGACUGUUGCUGGAGGUCAUGGAAAAGGCAGUGCCACCAAUCAACUCUACUGUCCUUAUGGUCUCUUCGUUGAUGAUGAUCAAACGAUUGCCAUCGCUGACUGCAACAAUCAUCGUAUCAUCCAAUGGAAGAUAGGCGAUACGAAUGGACAAGUAGUAGCUGGUGGUAAUGGUUAUGGAAAUCGAUUGGAUCAAUUGAAUUAUCCAAGCGAUGUAUUCAUUGACAAAAAGACGGAUAGUCUCAUUAUUUGUUGUUGGGACAAUCGACGAGUUGUACGAUGGUCUCGUCGUAGUGGUACAACUCAAGAAGAAAUCCUCAUUGACAACAUCAGGAGUUGGGGAUUGGCCAUGGAUGAUCAGAGAUAUUUCUACAUCUCUGACACUGACAAACAUGAAGUAAGACGAUAUCAAAUAGGAGACAAGAAUGGAACUAUUGUAGCUGGUGGCAAUGGCAAAGGUGCUGGUCUCAAUCAACUCAACUAUCCGACCUACAUCUUUGUUGCUCAACAACAGACUGUCUACGUGUCAGAUAGCAACAAUGAUCGUGUAAUGAAAUGGAAUAAAGGUGCAAAAGAAGGAAUUGUCGUCGCUGGAGGUCAAGGCGAAGGGAAUGCUCUGACACAAUUGUCGUCUCCUUACGGAUUGUUCGUCGAUACAUUGGAUACCAUCUAUGUGGCAGACUCGAUGAAUAAUCGAGUGAUGCGUUGGCCUAAAGGAGCGAAACAGGGCACUGUCAUUGUGGGUGGAAUUCACCAGUUGAGUGUUCCUAUCGGUUUGUCCUUCGAUCGACAUCGCAAUCUCUAUGUCGUCGAUUCUGGGAAUCAUCGUGUUCAACGCUUUUCAUUCGAAUAGACUCGUCGUGAUAGAUUUUUUUUGCGUUCCUUUCGUUUCAAAUAAAUCACAUUGAAUUCAUGAAAUCAAUGUCUAUUCUAUUCGCGUGGGCGCGACCAGGAACCAUCCUGGUGGAGCCGUGGCGAGCGUAACGCUCAUGCACGCACAGGACAGACUCAUAUCAUUCAUAUCCUUCCCGCGAGAGAUAUGUCAAUGAGUCUGAAUAAGCCUGGUCGUGUGCCACGGACACCAAGACAGUUCCUGGCCGGGCUUUUAGGGACUGCCCGGAAGUCCUGUAAAUAAGAAGAACCUAACCUCAACGAACAUAACUCACCCACUCUCUACUAACACUCACUUUUCUUAGUCUCACCCUAACCCCUGAAUCUCACUACCUAUUCUCAUCUCAAAAAAAAAAAUUACUUACCGUGUCUGAUGUUGAUGACACGAUGAUAUUGAUAGCUGAAAGAAACAAAAACAAAUUUAGUCAAUGUUAUUUAAUGAAAUAGCAUGAGAUGACUUACCCUAAUGUUAUCUUUUUCUUCAUUAUUUAUUCCCUAAAAUAAUAAAAAAAUAAUAAAAAGAUCAAAGGAGGCCUUACCCCACCAUCCUUAUGAUCGUAAAAUAAAAAAAAAUAAAAAAAAAGUAAAACUAAUACCUACAUUUUAUUUUAUUGUCUGGCUUGUUGUUGAAUUGAUUAAUUUUGCAUCAUCGAGGCCAAUCUAAAACAGAAAAAGAAAAAUGAUUAUUAUUUGAUUCAAAAAUUUGAAUGAUUUUACAUAGAAAAUCAUUCGCAUAUAUACCUUGAAAAAUCAUUUUUUUCUCUCGUCAAAAAUGGUAUACAUAUUUAAUUGUACAUGUUGAUCACUGAUCGUCAAUGAUAACAACAUGAACAAUAACUUAUGGACGAGAGAAGGACAAAAAAGAAAAAGAAAAUUUCUCUCUUCACAUAUAUUUCUUUUUUCUUUCCAUUCUCUCUUGUUAACAUUAACAUAUAUAAUGAUUUAUUUAUGAAUUUGUUUUUAGAUUGUAUCUCAUUUGGAAUGAAAAUGAAAUUGUUUUGUUUAUUUUUAUUAAUGGUAAUCAAUAACAACAUUUAUAUAUAAUUAUUUUAUUUGUUAUGACAAAAUACAAAAUAUAUUACAUCAGACGAACUAUUACUUAAGUAGACAUACUUAAUGUUAAAAAAGUUGAUUCAAUUUCAUAGACUGUCCAAAAAAAACAAAACAAUGGAAGUUUUUAAACACUUAAAUUUUUACAAUAAUAUUCUUUUUGGACGAACAUAUCUAAAUAUCAACAAAAUUUUAGAUCAAAAUAAUCCAUUACAAAAAUUUGAAAAAAUCUUUCUUUGCUAGGUGGAUUUAGCACAAUAGAAAAGAAUGAAACAAGAUAUAUUCUUCUUUUGAAUAAAAAUUUAUUUAUAUCAACAUACCUAUUCUAUACAUAUCAAGAUCAACAAUUUGGUAUUCAUGUACAAGUAUGUAUUAAUCAAUAAAGAAAAAAGAUUAAAAAAUGUAUAUAUAAUAAUGUAUUUAGUGAUUUCGAGAAUUUUAUGUUUAGUGAAUAAUGUUGAUAAAUCCAUGUGUACAAUUAAUUUAACUAAUAAUUAAACAACAACAUCGUCAGAUUUCUUCAUUAUUAUUAUUUUCACCGUCAACAUAUGAUUAAUACUAUACCGAAUUCGGAAACAUUUUAAUAUUAAUAAAAAUGAGUAUGUAUUAGAUGACAAUAUUGUUAUAAAGAACAAAAUAUUAACAUAUAUAAUUAGUAUUUAAUUGGAAUGGAAUAUAAGAGAAAUCGAAUGAAAUUUAAUAUUAAUUUUACAAUGUUAUUAAAUAUUAUUCAUGUAAGAUAAUUAUUCAAUGAAAUAUUUUUUACUAGUUAAAAAAAAAUUAUAGCGUCUGUUGAGUUACUUGUGAAAAUAUUCUGUUGUUAAUAGACUCGACCAAUGUUAUUAUCGCAAAAACUAUAUUUGCAAAAAAAAACAUCAUAAAAUGAUUAAGUAUCAACAGACUCGAUAUUUUUCUAAGAUUUUUACUCGUCAUAUACUUAAGAAAAAAAUCUAUGUGUACUUUUUCUAUAAACAUUAUUUGAUUGUUCGAUACGAUAGCAAAGUCUGAAUACGAACUCGCUUCUCAGCAAUUAAACAAUAGUUUUGAAAAAGAAAGCAUAAAUUUUUUUCUACUUGUUGUUUAUCAGUCGAAUAAAACCAUUAGAAAAAAGUUAUCGAGUUUAACGAGAUUUAAUGUUUUUGAUGUAUUUCAGUUUUCGUAGACUAUAAUGAAAUUCUUCUCGUACUAAAGCACGGUUGUCAGAUCGAAAUGUUUUAACCAAAAUCCGAAAAAAUUCGGAUUUUUUUAUAUUCUACUUCGGAAAAAGUUCGGAAAGCAGUUGUUUUAC